CUCAACCGGAUAAGUGAAGGAGUAACUAGGAACCAAAAGAGAAAAUGGCUUCGGUAGCGGUGGCGUCAAUAUUGUUCGCCGGUAGCUGCCGUAGCCUCGCCGUUCCAUCAACGGCACGCGCACUUCACAUAUCACUUAACAAACACCUCAACAAGCACGCCUUUGGAUGGAGUUGCAGGAGUUCACACAACAGUAGCGCCGCACUCGCCGGUGAAACUGAAUCCUCAACAACCGACACCGGAAACUUAACCGCAGCCUCUUCUUCCAAUAGCUACCCGAAGUAUAAUCGAUUGCUUCCAUGUCCAACACACAAAAUUCCACCACGAAUUGAACACAUAGUUGUUUCAGAAGGAGGUCCUGUUUUAGAAUACAUUUGCAAAGCUUUGGAUCUUCCACCUUUGUUUGUUGCAGAUCUGAUUAAAUUCGGAGCUGUGUAUUUCGCUCUUGUUUGUCCGAAGCCCCCUCCUACUGCUACUGCAGAGGAAAUUAGAGUUUUCAAAAAAGCAACGGAGCCAUUGGUUCUGCGAAAAAGAGCUUCAAUCAAAGGAAAAACUAUAAGAGAAGCACAGAAAACUUUCCUUGUAACUGAUGUGGAUCAAUUUGUUGAACCAGGAACUUAUUUGCGAGUGCAUGUGCACCCUAAGCGUUUUCCUAGGUGCUAUGAGAUUGACUGGAGAUCCAGGAUUAUAGCUGUGGAGGAAUCAUAUGUAAUUUUGGAUAAACCUGCUGGUACUUCAGUAGGUGGCACUACCGGCAACACUGAAGAAAGUUGUGCAAACUUUGCAACUCGUGCCUUGGAAUUGACAACCCCUUUGAUGACUACCCAUCAGAUUGAUAACUGCACAGAAGGCUGUGUAGUAUUGGCUAGGAAUAAAGAGUAUUGCUCUGUCUUUCAUGGCAAAAUCCGGGAGAAAAAAGUGAAGAAGAUAUAUCUUGCUCUUGCAGCUUCUCCUUUACCAACUGGAAUCAUUAAGCACUACAUGCGUCCUAUUAACAUGGCUCCUCGACUUAUUUCUGAAGAUUUUAACAAAGGAUGGCAUAUUUGUCAACUCGAGGUCUUGGAAUGCAUAAAGAUUCCCUGGCCCACUACUGUUGUUCAAGAAAAAUAUUGUGUUGAAGACUGCGGGUGGCCUUCUCAAGAUUACGCAUACGAAUGUAAAAUCAACCUUCUUACUGGUCGAACUCAUCAGAUUCGAGCUCAAUUUGCAGCUUGUAAGGCACCAUUAAUUGGUGAUUCUAUGUAUAUGCCAGCUGCAAUUGCAGAGAUGAUGAAUCCUGGACUUAAUCCAUUUGGAAAAUACAAGAAAGAUUUCACUAGUGAAAGUGAAAAAGAAACGGCUGUUAUAAAUUGGAUUGCACAACAUGGAAAAGAACCUAGUGUUGCAAUUGGCCUUCAAGCUUGUCAAAUUUCGUGGGACGAUGGUGAACACAUAUAUGAAGCUGGUUCACCUUGGUGGAGGUGUUAAAAUGCUGGAAGUGUGCUUGAGUUGAGGACAUGGCUCAAGUCUGAAGUUACAUUUUAUUUUGCCUCACUUUUGAGUGAGUAUCACCAUCAUUCAAGUUGAAAACAGGAUGAUUCAUUCAGUGUUACAAUUGAUUUGUGUGUGCCUGAAAAAUAAAGACAUGUUUUUGCAUGCAGAUAUUCAAUAGGGGGAAGAGUUGUCAUGUAUCAUUAUAUGUUGGUUUCCCCUUUUGCAGUAAUAGUGCAAAACUUCCCUAAGGUGGUUGAGGAAUGCAGUGAGGUUAUAGCGUUGUGCUGGUUUGAAAAGAGAAACCCAACCAGAAAGGGAAAAAGAAGGAGCUUCAUGGGAGGAUGGCGUGUGCUGUCACAUACUACCGUUUAGCCUUGAACAUCCUAUUAUAUUAUAAUCAACUAUAAAUUGGUUGCCAGAGGAUAGAUCAUUCUUUAGUCAAUACCUCUUGCUGCAAAUGUAGAUCUUAUUUGGAUAUUGAGGAAUUGAGAAAAUGUCAAAAUAUUGGAAACUUAGCAAAUUACUCACACUGCUAUUAAUGCAUUGAGAUCUUGUCAACCCCAAAUUGUUUGUUCGACUUUUCCUGUCCAAAUCUUAUGGAAAUAUCCUUAUGUCCUUGUUCAUUUGAAAUGAAAUGAGAGGAUUAGAGAAUAAGGCGCAGAGUUAUAACUAUUGUUUAGGGCAAGUGUUGGGCGUAACUAUAAGUGCCUCCAAAAUGAUUGGGUUAUGCGAGAUAUGCAAUUGGACUAAAUUUUGUUUGAAUUUCCAAUUUGGUAAUCUAGAAGUUAUUUAUUUCUAUUUUGUUGACAUUGGUAUUGGAGUUUUGAGUGAUAGACUAUGUAUGCUGAAUUUGAAUGAGAUGUUUGUAUCUCUGUUGUAAGGCGUAAACGCGACAAACUGAUUCCUCCGUUUGUCACUACAUGUCGUUAAUUUUUUGUUCCUUUUUACAUGUCGUUUUUGAUAGUUUAAGAUUACACUUUGUCCAAUU